AUGUACUCGUACAGCUGCCUGGAGCCCGGAGCGGGCGUCUGGCCUCCGCUGCAGCCCCUCACUUACUCCUACCCGUCCCGCCCUUUGCUGCUGCCCCUCAUCCAUGCCCACAGCUGCUGCUGCCGGCUUCCGAGCCUGACCGCGGGCGAGUGGCCGGCUCCGCGGGAAUACCACUGCUUCCACAGCCAAGGCGCGCCCCUGGCGGCCGCGCCGCCCUCGUGGGCCUUCCCGCAGACCUACGCCGCGGCCCUGCGCCCGCCUUACCCCACGCCCGGCUACCUAGGGCCAUUCCUACAGGGGUGCGCGGCGGAGGGGAUGGCGGCCGCCCAGCGAAACGCGCCGUGGCCGGAAGGCAGUAGCUUGCAGCUAGAGCUGCGAUGGGGCCGCCCGGAGCGUGCUCUGGGCCCGCGCCUCCAGCUGCCCGACGUGGUGCGGCGGGAGCUGCGGCGGAUGUACGGCACGUACCCGCGCACCGACGUGCGCGUCACCUACCGCGGCGGCCAGUUCCUGCUUCAGGCCGCGCCGCGCGUCCCCGAGCCUGAGUACCGUGUGCAGAGGCGCGUGCUUCGGACGUCCGCCAGCAGCGGCAGCGAAGACAGCAGCCCGGCCGCUGAAGCGGCAGAGCGUAGCCGUCGGAGGAAGAGAAAAGGCCAGAGCUGAGGACGCUGAAGGGUCCGGUGGCCGGCCGGAAGAGGAGAGAACAUGGAGCUGGAGAGGAUUGUCAGUGCAGCCCUCCUUGCCUUUGUCCAGACGCACCUCCCCGAGGCUGAUCUCAG